AUGAUGCUAUUUAUUGGGAAUGGUUUGUUUAGUGACAUUGUUAGGGCAUCUAGCAAGGAGCUAGAGUUGGAAAGAGUCAGAAUGGAAUUGUCUAAUUUGAGAAAUGCAAUACAUCAUCAAAGUGACCUAGCAAGAAGUGAUUAUAUUCAAUUUAACUUAAAAGAGAAACGUAAGGUAAUCUGGAAAUUAGUAUAUGUAUAUAUGCUUGGAUAUGACAUUGACUUUGGGCAUAUGGAAAUAAUUGAAUUGAUAGGAUCUCACUCAUACUCUGAUAAAUUUUGUGGUUACACAGCUGCCUCAGUAAUAUUUCGUGAUCAACCUGAUUUAUUAAGAUUAAUAAUUAACACAUUAAAGAAUGAUUUGAAUAACUGCUAUGAAGCUUUACGUAUAUCUACAAAGUUUACACAUAGUUCAAAUGUAAAUGUAGAAUCUAUGUCUAUUAUUAAUGAAAUACGUAAACUGUACAAUAAAAGGAAGUUUGAACCAAUUCAGCACUUAAAAGAGGCUAUAGGAUCAAUUGCUUUGAACUGUAUAAGUAACUCAGCAACAGUUGAUAUUGCAGUAAAUUUAUUUUUGGAUGUAAAGAAGAUAGCAGAGAUACCAAGAGAAAAUCAAACUGUCAGGUGUCAUUAUAUCCGUUCGAAAGCAAUUACUUGUCUCCUAAAAUUAUAUCAAUGUUGUCCUGAUAUAUUACCAGCAAUUGAAUGGACGGAGAAGUUGAUUACUGACUUUCAGUAUGAGAGAAAUAUUGGAUGCUUGCUUUGUCUAUGCUCUUUAAUUCAAGGCUGUUUAGAAAGGCAGAGAGAUAUAUCACAAACAAUUUCAAUAAAAUUUGACUACAAAAAAGAAAGCUAUGCAUCUAAUUUUUUGGAGAAUCCAACCACAAUUGUAAAUAAAGCUCACCAAACCUUUAGAGAAGAAAAGGGAGAUGAUGCACUUAAUGAAGACUAUAACACUGGUAAACUCCCACUUGAGGGGUGGAAAGAUAUAGUUCCACAAGUUAUAUCUACAUUGGCUAGGAUUCGUUCAGGAGAUUGUCCUAGUGGAUAUAUCUUUCACAAAGUACCAUCAUUUUGGCUUCAAAUAAAACUCAUAGAAAUAUUGCAAUAUUUUGAACUUCCAAAAAGUGAUCUUAUUGUAAUGAGGCGCAUAUAUGAAUUAAUGGAAGAUAUAUAUUUAAAUGCUAUUCAUGUAACUAAACAAAAUUUAUGUAAAGUGUCAGGAGACAAGGAUUAUGAUAGUGUUGCAGUGUCAUGCACCAUUGGAAUUGCAUAUGAAAUCUCACGAUAUAUAGCUAAAAUUUAUGACGAGGAAUUUCCUCAAAACAUAGUUUAUCUUCUGGGGAUAUUUUUGAUCAAUUUACUUUAUAUGGAAAGCAUAGAUUAUAUAUCUCUUUCUUUGUCGCUAAUAUUCGAAUGUCUCUCUAUUAGUGCAGUGACAGAUAUGUGUAGAAAGAAUAUUGCAAUCAUUCUGCAUUAUUCAAAUAUGAAUGAUCUCUUUAUAAGUAUAUAUGCUUUGAGAAUAUCUGUGCAAAUCUGUAAUAGCAGAAAUUGGAAGUUUAUUGCUAAGGAGCUUUUGAAUAAUAUUACACAUAAAAUAAUAAACCUAAAUGGAAAUGAGAAUACUAAUAUGAAGAGUAAUUUUGGACUUGGAGAAGGUGGUUUUGAUGGUUAUGGAUAUGAUCGAGAUCAAAGUUAUCUGGAAGAAGUUCUCAUCCACAUAUGCUGUCUGGUACGCAAAUUUGCAAAAUCCUAUGACAUUUCACUAAAAAUCAUCAGUACUAUUUUCCAACAUAUACAGAAUAAUCAAUCUAUUGGCGAAAAUUCAACUUUCGCCUUGUCAGAUAGUUCACUGUUUCAGAUUAUGGAUAUUCUAUGUGGUGUGGAAAGUGGUGAGACUGACUUAAAUAAUUUACCCAAUGGAAGAAAGGAAUUGGUAGAGGAUCCAACUAAAUCAUUGGAGUAUAUAGCUCCUGAUAUAAUAAAAAGUUAUGCAACAUAUAAAGGAUAUAAGACACUAACAAGAAUAAUAAGGAGCUCUUGUAUUUUGACUGUAUUUUGUCAAGGAAUUAGAUGGAUUUGUUUCUUAAUUGGGGAAUAUGGUAACUUAAUAACAAAUAAAGUACCUAUAACUCAUCAGGUUGGGGUGUUAUUGCAACUUCAUGAUGUUAUUACUAUUAGCAAUGAGCAGGAAAAUCUAGUCUCCAUUAAAAAUAUGAUACUACUUGCUUUUACAAAACUAUACUGUCAUGCAGAUACUGUUACUCAGAAUCAUAUGCUUGAAAAGAUCAAAUUAGAUUACAAUAGCUGUAGUUUGUCGCAAGGAACUAAUGAAUUCCUGGAUACCAUAAUAAUGAGUACUACUAACUGCAAUACCCCAUCAAAUUAUACAGAUUCACCUAUUAUCCGUAAUUUACUACAAAGCUCUUUAAAUAGGAAUAAGCACAGUGAUUUGCAACACUCCUCUAAACUGUUUGAUCAUUUAGCUCAGGGGAUGCCAACAUUAGAUAUACCAAUUGCAUUUAGACAGCUAAAUAUUACUAGAUGCCCAAUAAAACAAUUAUGGCAUAUUCUGUGCCUAUUAAAGGAAGGCAAUUUAUAUAGCAAUACAUAUCUAACGGUAUAUUUCAAGCAUGGAAGAUACUCUAAUGGAACUGGGGAGUGUUAUAUUAAUCUAAAAUUCCACAAAGUAAAAAGUAACUGCAUGGCAAUUAGGAUCAUUAGUACUGAUAUAAAAUUAAAUGUUAUUAGAAAUACUCAAGCUAAUACUACAAAUAAAGUUAAUGCUUUUCAAACAACCAUAGUAAACAAUAUAUGUGGUACUUACAUUAAUGAUGAUAAAGUUAUAGAGCAAACUUUGGUUACAAGAUGUGGAAAAUCUUAUUUAAAUCCACCUUUUUAUAUAAUAACAUUAUCAAUUGCAAAAUUAAGUGAUGAAACUACAGAAGUCUUGAAGUCUGAAAAUGGAUAUUUAGAAAAUGAACACUUGGAUAAUAACUUAAAUCAGCGAGUAAAGAUACCGUUAAGAUUACCUAUAAUACUUACUCAGUUUAUGCUACCAACAAAAGAUAUGUCUGAUAAGGAAUUUGAAUAUUUCUGGAGUAAAUUUGGCGAAGUAUCAGCAAAUGGCACUUUAUCUAUACCCUUAAUGGAAGUACCUUUAUAUUUAUCUCUAUUAAAUUUCAAUUCUAACAAGUUGCUAAUCCAGGAAUAUUCGAGGACACAUCUCAGUACAUCAACAUUAUGCUUAGAGAACUAUAAAAGAAUUCCAUGCAUGGUUAAAGUGAGGAUUACUCAGAACUCCAAUCAAAUACCUGAACAAAAAGUAGAUAGCUUAAAACUGAAUAAACAUUCUGUAGAUAUCAAUGUAAGAUCAAGCUCUAUUGCUGUAGCUAAAGUUAUCAAAUAUAUCUUAGUAUCAUAUAUUCUAGUUAAUUCUAACUAA